AAAACAGCUUUUUGCAAAGAAAGCUCUUUUUGUUAAGAACAGUCUUGAUCUUGUUUUGGAGCACAGAGUUCAGCUAGUGAAAUGGUGCAAAUCUGGUUUAUGGACACCGAUCCGAGUGAUCAGCGACUGGAGCAUAAACGCAGCCCCGUUGAGUACUUGGAAUUGGAGAAUCUGUACAAGAAAACCGGCGUGGAGUACUUCAAGAUCAAUGCUGAUGACUAUCUGAAUGACAAGCAAUUGAACGAGCUGCGUGCCACGCGUGGCUACACCUAUGAGGAUGAGAUCACUUGCUCGGAGCAAUGUUUGCCGGAUUAUGCGAACAAGCUGAAGGCUUUUUACACCGAGCACUUGCACACUGACGAGGAAAUCCGCUUGAUACUCGAUGGCUCCGGCUACUUUGAUGUGCGCGAUGGCGACGAUAAUUGGCUGCGCAUUCAGGUGGUCAAAGGUGAUAUGAUUAUUAUACCGUCGGGCAUCUACCACCGUUUCACACUGGACACCAAUAACUUCAUUCGAACCCGGCGUUAUUUCAUUGGUGAACCUGUUUGGGCUCCGCACAAUCGUCCAGCUGAUGAUAUGGACUGUCGUAAGGCCUAUUUGCAGCAUCUGGGUCAACUGACCAAGGCUUAAAUAUUGAUUCGGCAUUUAUUUUUUUGUUAACGCUUGUUUUUCACUCCUAAACAUAUUGAAGAUCAGUUUGUGGUCAAUGUGACCAUUUGCACUAUAUUCAAAUUAACCAAAAAUAUACCGUACAACUUGUGUUGAAUAUUCCAAAA